AUGGUUGCAGGGCAUAGUAUAUGUCAGAGAAGACUGGAAAAUGUCCAGAAAGUACAUUUUUUAAGAAAAAAGUGUGAGAAAACCAGUGGGGGUCAGCUUCCUGGGACUGUGCACAGUUCACAACACUCUUUUAAGCAGAAUCCUGUAAAAUCCCACACUGAAUUAGAGAAAAGAAGUUUGCCAUCAUCAGUGGGUGGGGACUACUGCCUGAACACAUCCCAGGAGCUUCCCUCACUUGAGUGUGGUGCACAGCAGAUGCGGAAACCCCACAUUACCAAGUGUCAGAUGGGGAUGUUGUCAGCCCUUCCCACCAAAGUCCUUGAAUCCAAUGAGCGCUUCAAAUCGAAAGAUACGUCAUCUCAUUCUCUGGCGGAGUUAAAGUUGAAGUCAGAGAAAAAGGAUAGUGAGGCCCAAGGCCAGUCCACGGACAUGUCCCAUGACUCAGACAGCUCGACUUGCAAAGCCUCCCUGCUUCUUCCCUCACUUGAGUGUCGUGCACAGCAGAUGCGGAAACCCCACAUUACCAAGUGUCAGAUGGGGAUGUUGUCAGCCCUUCCCACCAAAGUCCUUGAAUCCAAUGAGCGCUUCAAAUCGAAAGAUACGUCAUCUCAUUCUCUGGCGGAGUUAAAGUUGAAGUCAGAGAAAAAGGAUAGUGAGGCCCAAGGCCAGUCCACGGACAUGUCCCAUGACUCAGACAGCUCGACUUGCAAAGCCUCCCUGACUCCUGCUCAGGAUGUCUCCAGUGGGCAUGAGGAAGUUGCCCAGCUGCUGCAUGUCCAUUCAGAGGACAGCACAGUCAGUACGGAGAAGCAGCAGGAACCUUGGCUUCCAAGGCAGGCAUUAAGGUCCUGCCAGGAUCAGAAUUUCCCACCAGCU